GCCGGUGCAAGGUCUCCGUGGUGGAGGCCCAGGGCCCGAGGCUGAGCUCUGGAGGGCUGGGAGGACCCAGAGGUUCCUGGGAAGACAGGCUGGUAGGACCCGGGCUCUGGCAGUCGGCCCGGUGGGUGUGACUUUCCGCUGCAAAGGGAGACAGAAGGCGGCUCCUUUAAAUGUCAUUUUAGACUUGUUCUUCAAGUCCCCAGAGGGUGGGAACCUGCCGAAUGUCUGACCUGUCCUGUCUGUCCAGGGGAGCAGAAACGUGCUCAGCUCAAGUCGGAAGUCCUCGAAGGCGGGCCUUUGCUGAGGGAUGCACCGGCCUGGGACAGGGAACUGACGGGACCGCAUCCUGCUCCUGGUUUGAGGCCAAGGGGACCCGGCAGUGGAGCGUGAGGACCAGACAUCCCCGCGAUGACCAGUUCCCCCGUCUCCAGAGUCGUCUACAACGGCAAGAGGAACAGCAGCCCCCGCCCCCCGCCCAGCAGCAGUGAGAUCUUCACCCCGGCCCACGAGGAGAAUGUGCGCUUCAUUUACGAAGCCUUCAAGCCCAUCGACCUGAGUGACCUGAAGCGCCGGAACACGCCUGACGCCAAGAAGUCCUGAAGCUGGUGUCGCCGCCCCGUACCUCUGGGAGACCCGGCCGCUGCCCCAUGUUGGUCUCCUGGGGGCUCAGCUCCUGGGAGGGGGAGGGGCUGCCAACCCCAGGACCAGGACGGGCAUGAUUGGUGGCCAAGGCCCGCCCUUCCUCCCUGAGCCCCUCCUUUCCUUUCGGGGGGGGUCUCAAGCUGCCCCUGCCCCUGGGGGGCGUCUGGGCCCCGCCAGCCCCUGCUCUCCCUGUAGUGGUCUCUUCUGAGCUGCCUGGCUCUGCCCGCCCCCACCCCACCCCGGGGCCUUGACUCUGGCUCCCCUCCACUUCCCAUCACCUCCCACUGUCCCCACCCACUACCUCCUGGCCACUUCUGAGGUCACGAGGGAGCCCGGGGGGCCUCUGCUGUCUCCCAGGCCGGUGGUCCUGGGCUGGGCUUGUCCCUGGUGGCCAGGAGGCAGGACACGGGUGGCCCUUCCACACCUGAUGUGCAUUCCCCACCGACUCCUGCUGCUUCCCGGGCCUGGAACGUGUUGGGGGGUAUCUUAUUCUUCACACUCCAGCCUGGCCCUUUCCUUCCUCGCGUCCGCUUCAGGAUGGCACCGGCUCUCUGGGCCUGGGGAGUUGCUGAGCACCCCGUCAGAAGGGGUCCUGGGCAACCAGGCCUCGCCCCUUCUUGUCUGUGGCCCUGUGGCCACAGCAGCCCCCUUGGGCAGGGGCGCGAGGCUGACCUUGGCCCUGUGCUGUGCUGGGAUGGUCACCAGGGUCCCCCUUUUUUCUUGUGUUCUCCAAAAGCCAAGUCUCUGUGACUGAAGCCCAAGUACCAGUGAAUAAAGGCGGGUGUCGCUGGAUCA